UGAAGAUCACCACACGCUGCCUUCAGGCGAUUCCACAGAUAUACAGGUUGAUGUAUUAGACGAUGAUGAUGAAAAUUGUCGAAUGCUGAUAGCUGGUCUUACAGGUGUAGGCAUAAGCGCCCUAACCAACUCUAUUGCCGGAAGUGAAGUUCAAGUAUCUAAAAGCUCACCGAGAUCUGUUACUCAAAAAGCCUCUCAAAUAAAAUGUAAAAGAAUGGAAAGAUUGCUAGUAUGUUUUGACACACCUGGAAUGUCUACGAUUGAUGACACAAAAAUAGUUCAGGAACAAUAUGAGAAAUGUUUGAUCAAAGCCGCUCCUGGAUUUCACGCCAUAUUAGUCGUGCAAAAAGCUACAAGCUUCUCAGAUCACAACGAAAAAUUCCUAAACAAUAUCACAAAGAUGUUUGGGGAGGACCUAUGGAAAUUCGUUGUGUUUGUCUUUACUCAUAUUGAUCAAAUAGGGGAAAAUUUGGAGGAAAAAAUAGCAAAGGGAGACAAGCGCUUGCACUACUGGCUUCACAAAUGUGAACACCGGUACGUGGGAAUUAAUAACAGGGCAAAAGGGGAAGAAAAUGAGCAGCAAAUUUCAAAACUGCUCGACGUUGUGGAGAAGAUGAAACGGGUGAAUGUUGAUAAGAUAUACACCAAUGAGGACUUUAAGAAAACCUAUAAUAUGCUGAAGAUUGCUGCACGUGACUUAAAGGUGUCCGUUCAAAAUAUCCAGGACAAUCCAGGAAAAAUAUUAGGAUUUACAUUAGAAGUAUUAAAAUAUUUUAAUAACCCUUGAGGCCGAAAAAUAGAGGGAAAUAGAGAGAAGAAAGAGGGGGGAGAGCGAAGA